CCAACCGUGGGCGGGCCCGAUUCAGCCACGCCUCUCCAAGCCGUCGCCUGGAGCUUGCGUCGCUGCCACGCCUCCUCUGAGUGGCUGGGACCGACGCGGGAGCGCGCGCGCACGCACAGGGGGCCGAAAGCGGAUAGCGUAGGGAGAGGAGGAGGCAGGGGCGAGAGAGGAAAGCGAGUCGGUGAGGUGCGCGCGUGCGCUGACUGGAUUCUGAGGCGAGCGAGCGAGCGAGCGAGCGAGCUUCUUCCCAGAUACUUUCGGUGGGCGCCGGAGGCGAGGCCGGCGAGAGGAGGCGGCGGCGACGACGGGGAGAAGGGAAGAGAAAGCGGCGGCGUUGGCGUUCAGCUCCUCCUUCCCUCUUUCCUUCCUCCGGCCGGGGCGGAUGUUUUGUGGGUAGGAGGAAGGACAGGAGAGGCGGCCGGCUGGCUGGCUGGCUGGCUGGCUGGCAGGCGGCAGGCGGCAGGCGGCGGGGCCUGGCGAAGAUGGUGCUGCUGAGGGUCCUCGUCCUGCUUUGCUCCUGGGCGGCCGAAGCCGGAGGUCAGUAUGGAAAUCCUCUAAAUAAACACGUAAGACAUUAUGAAGGACUGUCAUAUGAUGUGGAUUCAUUACACCAAAAACACCAGCGUGCCAAAAGAGCAGUAUCUCAUGAGGACCAAUUUUUACGCCUAGAUUUUCAUGCUCAUGGAAGACAUUUUAACCUUAGAAUGAAGAGAGAUAUGUCCCUCUUUAGUGAUGACUUCAAGCUAGAGAUGUCAGAUAAAGUACUUGAUUAUGAUACCUCCCAUAUAUACACUGGACACAUUUAUGGUGAACAGGGAAGCUUUAGCCAUGGAUCUGUUGUCGAUGGAAGAUUUGAAGGGUUCAUCAUGACUCACACUGGGACUUUUUAUAUUGAGCCAGCGGAAAGAUAUAUUAAGGAUAGAGCCCUGCCUUUCCACUCAGUCAUGUAUCAUGAAGAUGAUAUUAGAUACCCACAUAAAUAUGGACCACAAGGUGGCUGUGCAGAUCAUUCUGUAUUUGACAGAAUGAAGAAGUACCAGAUGACUGGUGUAGAAGAGCCAACAAACCAGCAACCUUUGGAAGAACAUACCAACCAUGGCCCAGAGCUCUUGAGAAGGAAACGAGCUGCUCAAGCUGAAAAAAACACUUGUCAACUCUAUAUUCAGACAGACCAUCUAUUCUUUAGAUAUUAUGGAACAAGAGAAGCUGUGAUUGCACAGAUAUCCAGCCAUGUUAAAGCAAUUGAUACAAUUUACCAGUCAACAGAUUUCUCAGGAAUCCGAAACAUCAGUUUUAUGGUGAAACGAAUAAGAAUCAACACUACUCAAGAUGAAAAAGACCCUUCCAAUCCCUUCAGGUUUCCGAAUAUCGGUGUGGAGAAGUUUCUUGAACUCAAUUCUGAACAGAACCACGAUGACUAUUGUUUGGCCUAUGUGUUUACUGAUCGUGAUUUUGAUGACGGUGUCCUUGGCUUGGCCUGGGUUGGAGCACCUUCAGGGAGCUCAGGAGGAAUAUGUGAAAAGAGCAAGCUUUAUUCCGAUGGCAAAAAGAAAUCCUUAAAUACUGGCAUCAUCACUGUACAGAACUAUGGUUCCCAUGUCCCUCCUAAGGUCUCUCAUAUCACCUUUGCACAUGAAGUUGGACAUAACUUUGGUUCUCCACAUGAUUCUGGAACAGAAUGCACUCCAGGAGAGUCUAAAAACUUGGGACAAAAAGAAAAUGGCAAUUACAUCAUGUAUGCAAGAGCAACAUCUGGAGACAAACUUAACAACAAUAAAUUUUCUCUCUGUAGCAUUCGAAAUAUCAGUCAAGUUCUUGAAAAAAAGAGAAAUAAUUGUUUCGUUGAGUCUGGCCAGCCCAUCUGUGGGAAUGGACUGGUAGAACAAGGAGAGCAGUGUGAUUGUGGCUACAGUGACCAGUGUAAAGAUGAGUGUUGCUAUGAUGCAAACCAACCAGAAGAUAAGAAGUGCAAGCUAAAACCAGGCAAGCAGUGCAGCCCUAGUCAAGGUCCCUGUUGUAUGCCAAAUUGUGUCUUCAAGAAAGAAGGUGCAAAGUGCCGAAAUGAUUCCGAGUGUGCAGAGGAAGGAAGGUGCAAUGGCAGCACUUCGUUCUGUCCACCAUCUGCAGCUAAGACUAACUUGAUAGACUGCAACAGAAAUACACAAGUUUGCAUAAAUGGUCAAUGUGCUGGUUCUAUCUGUGAGAAAUAUGGCUUAGAAGAAUGUACAUGUGCCAGUUCUGACGCAAAGGAUGAUAAAGAAUUAUGCCAUGUCUGUUGCAUGGAGAAAAUGCAUGCAGAAUCGUGUGCAAGUACAGGAUCUGCUAAAUGGAAGGAUUUUUUCCGUCACAAAACCAUUACCCUGCAGCCCGGGUCACCCUGCAACGACUUUAAAGGGUACUGCGAUGUGUUCAUGAGGUGUCGGUUGGUGGAUGCUGAUGGCCCCCUAGCCAGGUUAAAGAAGGCCAUUUUUAAUCCGGAGCUGUAUGAAAACAUUGCAGAAUGGAUUGUUGCACACUGGUGGGCUGUACUGCUUAUGGGGAUUGCGCUGAUCAUGUUGAUGGCCGGAUUCAUUAAGAUAUGCAGUGUUCAUACCCCAAGCAGCAACCCAAAGCUGCCACCACCUAAACCCCUCCCAGGCACUUUGAAGCGAAGGAGACCGCCCCAAACAGCUCAGCCCCCUCCGCGCCCAAGACCCCGAGAGAGUUACCAGAUGGGACACAUGAGACGUUAAGGGAUGGUUUUUGCCUUGGUUCUUCCUAGUGCCUACAGUGGGAAAAUUUCACUCCAAAGAAAACCUACAUGAAGUCAUUGUCCCUGGUCUAACUUCCAAUUUAAAAGCAGAAGCAAGGGAAAAGGAAAGAUGUGAGAUGUCCAUUGUUCUCAUUUCCCUGCCCAAAAGAGAAGUGGCUGAUUCUGAAAUGGAUUUUAACAUUCUUAAGCAACAUGAUCUCCUCCCCCUCUGCUCUUCGCUGUUGCCUUUUCUUCACGUGGAGGCAAACAUGGCUGUUGUGAAAUUCCUCUUCACAUGAAUUAAAGCAUAUAUUUUUCAGCUGUCAAGGCUAGGAAGCUAGACAUUGGAGACGUUACUUUGCCAAUGUACAUAAAUUGUUAUAGGCAGACAUUGUAUUUCUAAUGUACACCUGUACUUCUGUGUGCAAUUGUAAAACAAGAGAAUUGCAAUAUGGAUGUUUCUUUGUAUUAUAAACCUUUUAUGCUCUUAA